GAGAGAGAGAGAGAAAUGGAGAGAAAGAUAAAUGAGAUGGAGGAGGAGUCAAAGGAGGAAAAGACCUGAAGCUUCUUCCUCCUACGUAAAAUUAAUUGUCGUCUGCAUUCGCUUUCACAAUUUUACUUUCACAGUUUUGGUCCGAUUAAUAGACUGCAAUUAGAAAUGUGAUUGAUGUAAGACAGGGGUCAUUAACACCGACUCCGGUUAACCCAACUAAAAUACAGGUAUAUCCAAAUGAAAUUUAUGGAAAAUAUCAUGGACUCUAUGCAGAAGCAUGCUGCUGUCAUUGAGCUCUUGGCAGUGACUGCUUGGAAUGCAAACAAAGCAAUAGGUUAUUGUUUAUCGAAAUGACACCAUUGACAUGAAGAAUGUGCACAGUUAGAUGCAGAGAUUUAAAGUCGUGGAAACAUCAUUCAAGAGAAAUCAUGCAUUGGAAAAAUAGCGAUAUCUGACAGUAAUCGGCUGUAAGUGGAGGAAUUGGCUUGCGCAGACAGACCCGCCAUAAUGUGUGAGCUUACUAAACAACUGGACUCUGGUCACAAUGCAUUGCAGAAGAUAAUGGAACCGUUUAAAGGGAGAUGCGUUCAAAGGUUAAAGAAAUGACAUCAAGCUUGGAUUUCGACAUUCAAGGAGAAGGGACCAAUGACUCUGUUUGGGAUAUACCAGGGAUGCGUGCAAGUGAUUACCAUAUGAGAAAACGAGGCGCAAAACGUGAAGGACCAAGCUCACCAUCAGAUUCAGGUGCAAGUUCAACUACAGAAGAUUCAGUUGAAUCACGGCGUGCGAAGUGUGCUCGUAAAAGCUCACGGCGGAGAAAAGUGCUCAGCGCUCGAGAGCGUAACAUGCGACGUUUAGAAAGUAAUGAACGCGAACGUAUGCGUAUGCAUUCGUUGAACGAUGCAUUUCAAGAGCUGCGUGAAGUGAUACCUCACGUAAAUCUUGAUAGGAAAUUGUCUAAAAUCGAAACAUUGACGCUAGCAAAAAAUUAUAUAAAAGCAUUAACUAAUGUGAUAUGUGAAAUGCGUGGCGAGCCCACGCCAUAUAAAUUCGAAUUUAUUUCAGAUGAGAAUGAUGUUACAGCAUGUGAACAUACGAGCACUCACAACAAAGACACGUGCGAGUCUUGUAUCAAAAGAGCUAAGCAGAAAAAAGAAAAAACAAGUACGAUAAAAGAACAAGAUUCGCAGGGUAUAAGCAUUUCGCAUAACGAGGAAGAGGAAGUGAAUAAAGAAAAAAGUAAUCUAUGUGUUUGCUGAAAGCUUGAUUAAGAGAAAUAGAAUAUAUUUAUGAAUAAAAAAAAUGUAUAUAAUUACAAA